AUGUUCUCGUUGUUGAGAAAUAUUAAGAGAUUUAUACGUUCCUACGAUCAUUUUGGGGUUUCCUUAAACUUCAACAUUAGAAACAGGAAGCAAUACCAGAGUGUUUGGGGAGGCAUCAUGUCAAUCGCCAUGACCAUAGUGCUUCUCUAUAUUUUUAUAACUGGGUUGAUCAGCCUAUUAUUAAGAGAUAAAUUUUAGGUAGUGAUGUUGUUUAUUUAGAUCGAUGUGUAAUAACUGCAGAAUAUGGAUCCUGAUUAAUAGGAAAUGAACAUAACGAACUUUAUGUUUGCCAUUAAGCUUGAUAAUCCCUUCUCUCUUUAUUAUCCAAAUGAAAAUAAAACACCGUUUUAAAUUGUGAUGAAUUAAGUGCAAAUAUCCACAUUAGCAGAUGGAUCGCGCAAUAAAACAACGUUGCACCAGAUAUUCUUUGAAUAGUGUAGAGAUACACAUUUUAAGAAUCUUAAUUAAGAAGGCUUUUAGGAAUUAAAGGCUGAUUUAGGUUCUUAUUUAUGUCUCCCUCUCAAUUUUAGUUUGAAGCUAAAAGGCACAUUUAAUUCCAAGUUCUUCUUGUAUCCUGCCUUAAAAGUGUCCAUCUGCUAUACAAAAGACUGUUAUACUAAGGAGUAGAUUGAGUAUCUCGCUUAAAAUAAAUCUAUUUUGGUCUCCUUAUCCACACUAAUUCAAUCUUCUAUUUACAUGAGAAACAGCAAAGAUAACUAUCUUUUUAGGUAUUUGAAUUCAGAUUUCUAUCUCCAAACUAAUCUUUUGGAAGAAAGCAAAUCUGAUAUAUUUUUUAAGAACAAUAAAAUCAUCGCUGAAAACAGUCUAUUGAGUUUAUAUAAGGAAGAGGAGAGGAAAGAUUUUUGGUCCUUCCAAUUAUAUAACUAUCGAGAAUUUAAGGGGUAUCAUGCUUCUCCGAGCACUUUAUUCUCAUUGAAUUUUAGAAUAAGCCAAGAUUAUGAGUAACAUAAAAAAACAGCAGAAACCAUUGACUCCUUUUUGUCCUAUUUUGGAGGUAUAUUAAAAAUAAUCUCAACCAUCUUUGGCUUAGUUGCUCUAUCAUAUAAUGAAAUGGGGUUAAAAAUAUCACUAGCAAAUCAUCUAUAUUAGUUCAAUAUCCCAAAGAGGAAAAAUGGAAAGUUUGAGUUCUCGUAUGAUAAGUUAUUAAGUGUGAUCCAAAACCAGCUAAAUAGAGUGAGUGAUCUAUAAUCAAAACUUAAACAACAUACCAAAACCUUAGUGAGAACUAGUAUGGUUAUGAGGGUAUGGAAUAGUUAAAAAUUCUAACAUAAUUCAAUUUCAAAUUAGUAAUCAUUGCAACGGGAUUAGAUAGAGACCCCAUAGAUUGAUCAAUUAUAAUUCUCAAAGUAUGUGGAAUAAUUAUAGGAUUAUAAAGGAAAUUUCUUGCAAAGAUUGAUAACUGCUUUUAAUUCCACAAGACAUGAUCUAAGAUUAGGGAUCAAUUUUAUUCUUUAUUAAUUAUUGUGGUGCUCUUGUUGUGAGGAAGUUGAGAUUACCAAGAAGAUGCUUAGGGAAUGUAAAACGGUUAUUGAUAAGGAUCUUGAUAUUAUUCACUUGUUGUAAAAGAUUUAAGAGAUAGAUAAAUUAAAAUCUAUAAUUUUGGAAAAGGAUUAGAUUAAAGUUUUCAGUUAUACACCAAAACCUAUUAUUAACAUCGAUCCAACGUAUCAGCAUUAACCUCCGGAGGAAGCCAAAGGUAUUGAAUUAUUCUAAUAAUUAAACCAAUAGAGACAAAACAAAAAGAUCAAAAAAUAUAAUUAUUCUUUAAAUAAACCAAAGAGAUUAAUGAAAAUUUAUGAUUCUUAUAGUAGAUUGAAAUAAUAACACAACAAUAAAAAAAACUAAAGGAUUAUUCAGCUUUUAGGUCCUACAAUUGAAAUGAUAUUUUUAAAGUAUUAUGAAAUCUAAAACAUGGCCAAAGGAAUGAAUAUUGAAACCACAGAAAACUUUGAGAAUGGAAAUCCUUAGGUUGAGUUCCAGGUGGAAGCACCCUUGCCAGAGAAUUCUUAAAAUAAUACACACAGAGUGAUUUAACCAAAAUUAGAUUCACAAAUAAUAAAAUUUCAUCAAAUUACUCCAAAGAAUUUGUUGGAAAAAGAUGAACUUCUCCAUUCAGAUUGA